AUGGGCAAUGCUCGAGGGAGUGCAUCGCCACCAUCGGGAAGAGACUUGUUCGAUGCUGCCGAGAAGGGCUACGAGAGUGACGUAGCGCGCCUCCUGCGCAGUGGCGCCGAUCCCAACUGGCGAAACGAGGAUCGAGAAACGCCGCUUGACAUUGCGUCCGAAAACGGGCACGCGGCCGUGGUGCGACUCUUCCUCGGCGCUGGUGCAGACGUCAACCAACGCACCAAUGGUGAACGAACGCCACUUUACGUCGCGUCCGAAAACGGGCACGAGGCCGUGGUGGGACUCCUCCUCGGCGCCCAAGCAAACGUCAACCAAGGCGACUAUCAUGGAUGGACGCCACUCUACAUUGCAUCCGAAAACGGGCACGAGGCCGUGGUGGGAUUCCUCCUCGGCGCUCAAGCCAACGCCAACCAAGGCGACUACUAUGGAACGACCCCACUGCACAUUGCGGCCCAGAAUGGGCACGAGACGGUCGUGCAACUCCUCGUCAGCGCUGGUGCAGAUGUCAACAAGGGCAUGGAACUUGAACGAACGCCACUUUACGUCGCGUCUCAGAACGAGCACGAGGCCGUGGUGCAACUCCUCUUUGGCGCCCAAGCAAACGUCAACCAAGGCAACUAUUGUGGAUGGACGCCACUUCACAUCGCGUCCGAAAUGGGGCAGAAGGCCGUCGUGCAACUCCUCCUCAGCGCAGGUGCAGAUGUCAACCAAAGCGACAAUUGUCGGAACGACCCCCUUAACAUUGCGUCCGAAAUGGGGCAGAAGGCCGUCGUGCAACUCCUCCUUGGCGCAGGUGCAGAUGUCAACAAAAGCGACAUCUAUGGAAGAACGCCACUUUACAUCGCGUCCGAAAACGGGCAAGAGGCCGUGGUGGGGCUCCUCCUCGGCGCUGGUGCAGACGUCAGCCAAAGCAACGAUAAGGGUCAAACACCGCUCUGGAUCGCAGCCAAGGAAGGCCAUGUCUUAGUCGUCCAUUCGCUCGUCGCCAAAGAAGCCAAUGUCAACCAAGCUGACGAUCGCGGUCAAACGCCGCUCUCGAUCGCAGCCAAGAACGGCUAUCUUGAGCUUGUCAAUUUCCUCAUCGGCAAUGGUGCCAACGUCCACGACGCCAUGACGAACGACUUGAUCACUGAAGAAACUGCCAGACAGCAUCAGACUCCUCCAACCACCGUGACCAAACACGUUCAACGGUCCGGUGCAUCAUGGUGAUUCCAC